UCGUUCGAGAGUAUUGAAAAAUUUGCCCCACACCGGAAGCUCUCGAAGUCUGAACCAUUAGUGCUAGAUUUAUGUAGCACUCCCAAUUCAUUUGAUUGGACCAAAUGUCAGGUGUGUGGGUGGAGACAGAAUCGACACGGUAACCGUAUCUCGCAUUCAACAAACCUAUAUAUAUAAUAAGUCUCAAGCGUGUGUGUGUAUCUAUAGACUAUAACGGACUACAAAAGCUGCCAAAUUUGCAGCUACAAAUGGGGGUAUACCUAAGCACGCCAAAAACUGAAAAGGUCUCGGAAGAUUGUGAGACUGACAGACUUAGAUAUGGUUUGUCAUCCAUGCAAGGAUGGCGCUCAAGCAUGGAGGAUGCUCAUGCAGCUCAUCUGGAUUUAGACACUUCCACAUCUUUCUUUGGUGUUUAUGAUGGCCAUGGAGUCACAUUAAGUCCAUCUAUUUGCAGGGAAAGCAGUUGCAAAGUUUUGUGCCAAGUAUCUUCACCAACAGCUGGUGCCCACUAUAAUCAGUCCAAGCACACAAGAGGCGGCAGGGAAGGUAUCAUUCACCUAAUGGAUGAGAUGAUGUGCGGACAAAGAGGUUGGAGAGAAUUAGCCAUAUUGGGAGAUAAAAUUGAACAAACUAGCGAUAUGGUAGAAGGUUUAAUAGAGUCUCCUAAGAGUGGUGAAGCUAAUGGCCAUGUUGAUGACUGGCCGUCGGAGGAGGGACCCCACUCUGAUUUCCAUGGACCACAUUAUGGAAGCACAGCUUGUGUUGCAAUCAUUCGAAACAACCAACUUCUUGUUGCAAAUGCUGGUGAUUCUCGUUGUGUAAUAUCUAGGAAGGGUCAGGCAUAUAAUUUGACUAGAGACCACAAGCCUAACCUUGAGGCUGAGAAUGAGAGGAUUCUAAAGGCUGGUGGUUCCGUCCAAUUUGGACGGGUCAAUGGAAAUCUAAACUUGGCAAGAGCAAUUGGUGACAUGGAGUUAAAGCAGAACAAAUCACUGCCUGCUGAGAAUCAAAUUUUGACUGCCAAUCCUGAUGUAAACACAGUCGAGCUUUGCGAUGAUGAUGAAUUUAUUGUUCUAGCAUGUGAUGGUAUAUGGGAUUGCAUGUCAAGCCAGGAAGUAGUAGACUUUGUUCGAGAACAGUUGAAAACUGAGACUAAGCUUUCGGUGCUGUGCGAGAGGGUCUUUGAUAGGUGUAUAGCACCAUUAGCUGGUGGCAAUGGGUGCGACAACAUGACCAUGAUCUUGGUGCAGUUCAAGAAACCAUUUGGCGACAGUGUUUCCGCCAAGGAGCAACCUUUCCUCUGGUACCCCGAUCCACAUUCUGAUCCAGAUCCAGAUUCAGAUUCUGACACUGAUGAAAUCCCAACAGAGCCUGAGGUGAAAGAGUAAUAAUAAUCCCUUCACAAUGACUGAAUGGCUAGAAUCCAAUUUCCUUAGACGCGAAUUCUUGUAUGUACAAGACUUGUGAAUCUCUACACGAGUUUGUAAAUGUUGAAGGUUUUUGUUUUAAAGAGAAGUUUUGCAUUUUUGGAAGUCUUGUGCAUUUUUGUU